AUCGUGAAUCUCUUUAUGGCUGCCAAGAAACAAAAAUGCUCCUAACCAUGCAACAAUGACACACUGCAGAAAUAACGUUUUUACUCCGAGCCGGCGAUAUUCUUGUGAAUAGGAUAUGACGUCAGUGGUCUGGUAACACGUACAGGUAUUUACGUACGUCACUCACCGGAGUCAGACGCAUGCGUUAUAUAAGUGCACUGUGCCGCUGUCACCAACACUACACAUACAGUUAAGUUGUUAGACAUCGAACUUUCCUAUUCUUAAAUAAGCCGUUCUUUAGGACUAUAGUUCUUUGCCUCCUACGAAGAAGUGCUGUUAGAAUGUUUGGUUUCUGCACCAGUGGAUGAGCUUUUUGAGUGUUCUCAACGUAAAGUAAAGCAAUCUUUCAUAUAAAAAAGUCAAAAGACAGAAAAAGCAAUUCUGACCAAAACAGAGAUAGUGCGUAGGAAACAAUCGUUGCAGUGUUCCGGACACUAGUUAGAAAGGCAAAAACAGCAAUAGAAACAAACGGAACAGGAACAAAAUCAGCAACAAGAAGAAGAACAACAACAACAAUAACAACAACAACAAAGACUAAAAAAGGAAAAACCAUUGCAAUAAUAAAAGCCGACAGAAAGAUACGAAGAACAAAGAAACAAAGAUUUUUUUCCGAUGAAACGAACAAAGUCCAAAUUUAACCAGAAAUUUGGGCGCGGCAAAAGAAAGAUCUGAGACGCCUAAACCUGAACACGCUUCUUAUUUCCUUGAGCUUGAGAAAAGAAACUCAAGCACAGUUUUGUCUAAAGUACAAAACGAAAACGAGAGGAAAUUAUGCACGCCUGGAUAACGUUGGUAGCAGUGAUUCUAUCGGUGCAUUCUCCCACAGGAGCGGAAGACUCCCAGACAGCCGUGUGCCAGAGGUCGUGGACUGAGCGACAUCAAUAUGACUCCAGCUCCUCCACCAGCGUGCCCACAGACGCUCUGCGCACUAACAUCUUACAGGGAAAACCUGUGAAGGUGACCAUAACCAAGCGGCCUUCUACGGAGUCCUUCAUGCUGGACAACCUCAAUAUGAACGGUCAGGUCAUCUGCGGAGAGUCGAUGGAACGCAUGUCAUCCCCCAUCGGGUCUGGUGCAGAGUUCCAGCCAAUCAUCGUGUGCACAAACGGCUACGUGAGCUACCUGAAUGUGUCCGCCAGUCGUUGGGAUGGGAAUACCCUGGCAACAACCUGGCCAGUGGAUCUCAUCAGCUUCAAGAUCAGAGACAUCCACCCAAGCAACCAGCCAUUGGUAUCCCUAUAUCUGGAUGGAUCAAGCACGUACGAGAACGCCAAUAUGCUCUUUAAAACUGCCUUCAAGGCUGAGAUGCGAGGAGUAAUGCGAGACCGAGGCUACUCGUUCACUAUGGACAACACUCACUACGACUUUACCACUGGUCACCUCAACGGUCAGAGCCUGUCCCACAUCAGUCAGAGCUACACACCCACGGGAAAUAUCACAUUCCGGAGUAAACCUUACCACUGGCUGUCUUCCUGGGACACCUCAGGUCGUCGAGACAGUUCUCGCUUCACGACGGGAGAUCUCCAAGGCUUGAAGCACACAAACGACUUCGUGGCGCUCCAGUGGUACGCCGACCUCUGUUGGACCAUCGUCUACGUCCACGACGAGAACGGCAACCGAUUGGAGGGCUCGCUUGACAUGCUCAAGAUGUACAUUCGGAUGGGUCAUCGAGUCCGUGUGCACUUUGAUGGUUAUACUCUGGAAGCUAACUCUGUGCUCAUCUCCGAUGAUGACGUCAUCGUGGCCCAGACAUCAGCGGAAAUGGCGCGUCGAGGCGGGACGGGCAAUGAUCGCACGUUUUUCAACACAAAGACGAGGCAGGUGUACAGACUGGUGCAUACUACUGGUUUGAUCAGGAGUUUGCUCUAUUUCAUCCAAACUGGGAAACUGUCGGCAAAGGAAACCGAGAGGUGGGGCGUGGCAUGGUCAGUGGACACCAGGCCCUGGAACCCACUGGUCAGCUUCAAUAGCAGCAAUGAUGUCACAUUUGGAGACCGCGCAAACCUGGCAUACGCUAUGAGCUCUGACAACCUCAGGGUCAAAGUUGAGAUCAAGGAGAAGGAGCAGCGUCUGCAGGGACGUAACUCGGAGCUCUUCCUUGAGAUCAACAACGUACGCUCCCCUGACCUGACCGUAGCUGAACCAGAGGUCAUAGGUCAAUCUCUUAGGACGGUGCCUUACUACCGGGCUUCAUCAAGUGAUAGUUACUAUAUGCCGCUGUACCGCCCUCUGCGCCAGUACCUGGAGGUGUCCAGCACACAUGGAGUGACCAUGAGCCACUUUGACAUGGCCACAAAAGAGUUUGUCGCGACCAAGGAGAUGCCUGCUGAAAGCGUCACCUGGUACAAAGAUGGCGGCAUACAAAUUGCUUGAGGAAAGGCCAGGCAGCCUCGUCGUUGUCUGUUGUGUGACUGCCAGGAAAUGCACACAGGACGCUGGUGCUAUCGAGGCGUGGAAUGUUUGACGUGAGGCCACCACCAGAAAUGCAGAAAAACCAACGAUUUAUUACCUCUUGAAAAACAGCAAACUUGCAACAUAAUGCACAUGAAACAAAACGACAGCAACUAUAACAAUAACAACUAAAAUAAAUAAGCAAGCAAAUAGACAUUCAACCCAGUAUAUGGGUAAAAACAAAACAAACAGCAAUAC